AUGGGGCAAACAGGUUCAACUACAGAGAGUAAUACAUCUAACGAUGAACGCAAUAUAAAUACAAUCCAAAAUAAAUACCACAACUGUUCAGAAAUUGAAGAUUAUUUCGAGAAGAGAGCCAUACGGCACCUUACUACAAGUGAAUUUUUAUCAUAUGGACUAUCUUUAAAUGACAAGAAAGAUUUAAGGGAAAAAUAUCCACCAACUUUGUUAAUAGAAAGAUUGAAUGUGCCUCAAGAAAAUCAGUUACUUAUUGAAAUUGUGCUCACCAUAUUCAAAAUAUUCAGUAAUUUUCCACUAAUUAACGAUUCCAACAAAGAGACUAGUUUUGGUGGUGUUUUGAAAAGCAUUGUGCUUCUCUCACCAAGAUGUAGGAAAUAUAUCGGCAGUAGGAAAUUCCAUACGACAACCCUGAUAUAUAUUGCCCUUUCCAAGGUUAAACAAACAUAUGUUGAAGAUAAUGAAUUACCAUUAAAUGAAUCUUAUAAAAUCCAAGAAGUUGUAGAUGAUUAUAACGACACAAAUCUUGGAGAUAUAACUGUGAGUGCCGAUGUAAUGUUACAAUUUAUUACAUGGUUAUUAGCGCUUCAGUAUAUAUCGCCUUCAAAUAACUGUAAAUUAGAUUACAAUAUUACAUCUGAAGAAUGGAAAACCUUUGAACACUCAGCAAAAUGCGUAAUUCGAUCAAUGAAUUCAACUGCUUUUACCUCAUCUCCAUCAAAAGAAAGUAUGCGUAAUAUCACAUAUGAAGAAUACUCUAGCGUAUUUAAGGUUAUUAUACCUAAUAUAUUACUUGGAUUAGAGAACUUAGUUGAACAUUUAUUAUACAGUGAGAAAGAUUUAGUAGAGACUGUCCGUCCAUUGAGCAAUAUUGAAGAGUCCAGACUACUAACAAAGGCCUUAUUUAGUCAGAUUAUGGCAGCAGUACCUAAAGAAAUAAUGAUUACAAAAUUGCAAAAACUAUAUAUCGGUAGAGAAAGUGGAUUUUCAAUGAGAUCUUUGCAGUCAAAAGUGUUUAAAUGGGUUGCACCUACGAUCUUACUAAUAAACGGUAUGCGAAUUACUGAUGAUAUUGAGUAUGGAACAUCUAAAAAUCCUAGGUAUAAGAAAUUCUUAGAAAACUAUUCAAAACUAAGAAAUGAAGAUCAAUAUUUAGAAGAUUGUUUCCAAAAGAAGAGGAAAGUAACAUUUGCUGUCUAUAUUAAUGAUCCAUGGAAAGUUACCAAUAAAUCAUUUUUUGGAGGUGAACAUACAACAGUGAUACAAUUAAGUCCGAGACAGGAUACAUACUGUGCAAAUACCCUAGAUGUAGUAUUUUUCAAUACCAUUGGGGGUGGUAUCGGUAUUGGGGAUUCACAACCAAUAAUUAAAUCGAAAUUAGAAAGAUACCAACCAGGAAAUGUGUCAUUGACCAUCGACAAUGCUUUAGAAUUUGGUGCCUUUAGGAAUGUCGGAUAUGGUGGGAAAAUAAACCCAAGUUCAUUACAAAUAGAAAAUGAUACUCUAUCGAGAACAUAUGAACUGAGGUUUAUUAUUCAAGACAUUGAAGUUUGGGGUUGCGGUGGUGAAAAAGAAUUGGAAGAACAAAUUAGACAACUGCAAUGGGAAGAAAAAGAGGCAAAGAGAAGGCAACAUGUUAAUUUAAAAAGUCUCGGAGAAGAUAGAGCUUUGCUGGAAAUGGCUGGUCUUAUUGGACAACAUCAAAGUGGUGGAUCAAUGUGA